AAUCAUUUUGAAAUUUUCAUCAUUUACUUAUUAUGCUUCAUUAAGUACUUAUACAAAAUUUUAUUAAAAUAAAACCAUUUAAACUGGGUGUUCGGAUUUAUAUUUGGUUCUCCUCUAAUAUGUUGGAUACCUCCUACCGACCCAAGUGAGGAUGAAUGUAUUAUACCGAAUAGAGUAGUAAAUGAGGAAUGUUCAGUAGAUAAGAAUGAGAGUUUCGAUGAUCAUUCACCUUUAGAUUCACAAAUACAACCGAUGAUCCUGAUUACUCUCCAUCUAAGGAAUCUAUUGAAUUGGAAGAGUCUUCAGGAUUUGAUGAUAUUUCUGAUGAGAAGGAAUUGCAGAACUUUGAAAGGCCUCAGAAUGAAAACAAAGAAAACCUCGGAUCUACCAUGAAUGAAGUUUCUACCCGUACAUCACCUACUAGGAUCAGAGAUAUUCAAAUGAAAAAAAAUUCCGUGUUUUGUUACUUUUCUGAAUCUUACGUAAUACAUUUCCCCAGGCACUUAUUUAGGAAUCACGCGAGUGAAAUGGAGAGAGAAACACUUACAGUUGCAUCACGAAAAAUGAGAGAACUAGCAAGACUCUUGAUAGAAGUUAGGAAAAUUAAACCCGCUAUAUUAACACUUUUUGAUGCCCUAAAACCGGUAAACUAUGAUACUCUUGUUUCUGCCACAGAAAAUACCUCAAAAUAUGACAAAAAGUCUCAAUCAUAUCAAACACCUACGUUUGCUCUCAAUAUGGGUACCACGUUGAAACAAUGCUGUGACAUUGCACUCGUUCAGGCAUUAAAGAAGUCGGCAGUGCUCCCAUCUGUCCAGUCUGCUGAUAUAGAAGCAGACCUUAAAACAUUAAUUCAGAUCAUCGAGGGAAACUGGAGACUUGAUGUUUCAGGUCAGGCAACGGAUCUGAAUAUACAUAGAUGGAACAAGGUCACUCUAGUACCACUUACUGGGGAUCUUAAAUUAUUGAAAGAGUGCUUACUGAAAAAAGUUACUUCGGCAGUAUAUAUGCUGCCAGCUAGCAGGCAUGACAAGAGGGCCUAUAUCAAGUUGGUUGAAACAGUCUAUUGCAGAUUAUUGCUUCUGAAUAGACGCCGCCCAGGAGAACUCCAAAGAUUACUGUUCUAUACAUACACAUCAGCUAAGAAUAACGAAAAUAAACAAGCAUACGAGGAAUUUUCGGAACCUGGAUGA